AAUGGAUUCUUAAUAAGAUGUUGAAUGUGAUCAAUGUUAGACAGUACCAGAGACUUAUGUAAAAUUAGAAUGCGAUCAUAAAUUUUGUUUGAUAUGUUUAGCCUAUAAUUACUUAUAAAUUUAACAGGAGAAGUAAAAUCUAGAAGAACUUGAAAGAGUAGCAGUAUGUUUUAAAUGCAAUCAUCUUACUAAACUUGAUUAAGAUACAGUUGAAGCCCUUCAUAUGGUCAUCAAAGAAAUCAUAGUUCCGUUAAUUGAAUAAAAUUAAAUUAAUUCUAAAUCUAAUAACGAUAGUGAAGUAGUUGAAGUAAUUGAUGAUUUACGUGAUUUGGGUGUAUAAAAUGAUGGAUCUCAACAUUAAUCAAAUUAGAAGAAUUCAAUGGCCAAUGAAAGACUAUAAUUGUAUUUAGAGAGAUUAGAAAAGAGUUUUAAAUCUAAAUUUGAAGCCAUCAAAGAUAUAUAGGAUCAGAAACAUUAAUUUCAAUCAAAAUGUAAAUAAACUAAAGAUGAAAUAAAUAGUCAAUAUUAAUAAGUAAUUAUUACUAUAUUAAUCAUUAGUUUAUUUUGAGUUUAGAAUAAAAGAAAAAUUAAACAUUUAAUGAUAUAAAUAGUUUAGAAAUGAUUCAAUUAUUAGAAAUUUAAAAAUAAGAAAAAGAUCUUGAAUAAUAAAUACAAUAAAUGGCUUAAUUUCAAGAAGAAAUUAAUUCAUUAAUGUAUUAAAAUUUAAAUAAAUCUUAAGAAGAUAUUAGUAAAUUAUUAAUUGAUAUAGAAAAGUCUUUAAAUACUCCAUCAUCUUCUCUCUAAAUUGUAAUCAUUAUUAUAAUAAUAUUAUAGAAAUCUUCAAUAUUAGCUACAUAGAGACAAUUACUUAAAUUAUCAACAAAUGCCUAAUCUUAGUUAAGUGCAACUGUUCCUAAUUUAUUAUAAGAUUUUCCUCAAUCAAUUAGAUAAAAAGAUUUAUUUAUGAAAAAUCAAAAUUCAGAUGAGAAACCUUUAGAUUCAAAACUAAAUGUUCAUUUUGAAAGAUAAGAUAGACCAAACAAAUUUAGUCCUAUUAAAUCAGAGAAACUUAAUGAAUUAUGGCCUAAAAAUGAUAAAUCUCAUUUAUCAUUAGAAAAAAAUACUAUUAGAGAGAGUAAAGAUCUUAAUGAAUUUAAAGAUUAUAGAGAGAAGGAAAAGGAUAAAAAGAAUUAGAAAGUUUUGACUUAAGAGAGUCUGAAUGCAAAUCCUAAAUAAAAAUUUAUUUAUGAAGAUAGUGAUGAUAAGAGUAGAAAUAAUAAUAAUUCUAAAAAACUAUUUGAUAGUCAGAUAUCUUAAAAGAAUAAUUUAGUAAGCAAAUGGAAAGAUCAAUUAUUUGAUGUUUUUGAUAAAAAAACAAUGAAAUAAUCUGAAUCACCUAAAGUACCUGAAAAACAUAAUUAUGCUACUCGUGAUGUUCCUUAUCAUAGAGAACCUUCUACUCAUUAUCCAAGAGAAAAUAAAAACUCUUAAGAAAAAUUGAGUACAAAAUAAUAAUUGAUAAAUCGUGCUUGUACAAUCCAUGACGUAUUAAAUAUGCAAUAUCAAAAUUUCAUGACCUAAAAAGAAAACCUAAUAAGAAGAUGA